AUAAACUUGGACGAUCUGUCUGUUGACGGGUUAGUCGCGAUUAAACCGUUUACCAGGUUAUUCGCGCGAAUAUAUCGUACACAUUAUUAUCUAUAAUAAUUCGAACGCGAAAAUGUUUCGAUCCUGCGUAUCGAUCGUGUUGCUGAUGUCGUCGGUGACGAUAGCAAGCUCCGAAGAGGAGGCAACGUGUCAGGAAAUAAACGGUUACACAGUGUGCCAUCGCAAAGGAACCUUACUGCACGUCAGUCAACAAGAAUUCGAGGAAAGACUUGAAAUUCACGAUUUAAACCUGUUGGCGAUCCGAGAAAACACCUUUAACAAUAAUUUAACCACGACUAGACUGAGCUUUGCUCUGGGUAAUAAGCUGUCUGUAUUGAAACGCGAAUCGUUUCGUGGCUUGGAUAAGUUGGAAAAGCUCGACUUGGACAGCAACGUGGUAACUUUGUCGGCGAACCUGUUCGCCGAACUUGGACAGCUUCGCUCGUUAUCGCUGAUCUUUAACAAGAUCAAGGAUAUACCGAAAGAUACGUUUGCUGCUCUGUCGAAUUUGAUGUGGCUCUAUUUGGGUCACAACGACAUCGAAUCGAUCGACAAGGAGUCUUUCUCAGGAUUGUCCUCCUCUUUGUUGUUCCUCUGGUUGAAUGACAAUAAAAUCAGUAACAUCGAGGCUGGUACAUUUAACGAAAUGCCUGAAUUGAGUCGUCUUCACUUGGAAAACAAUAAAUUGACUACUAUACGAGCUGGUAGCUUUCGAGGACUACAUAAAUUGGACGGCUUGUUUUUGGAUCAUAAUCAACUGACCAGCAUCUCGAGGAAUGACUUGAAGGGUCUAAUUGGUCUAAGGAUUUUGUACCUACAGUCGAAUGAAAUUUCUACGAUAGAAGCUGGAGCGUUUUCGCAUCUGGAACAGUUAGAACAGCUGGAUCUUAGGAAGAACAAAUUGAUAAGCCUUUAUUCGGAAACGUUCGAUGGAUUGGCUAGUUUGAAGAAAUUUGAUUUAUCCAAUAAUUUGAUCAAUUUUGUGGAUCCAGGUACGUUUGCUGCACUUUCUGCGUUGAAGACCCUCAAUCUUGCCAACAAUAAUCUGAGCAGUGUCGAUAGAAAGAGCUUUGGAUUGACUUCUUUGACGAUGCUCUACACCUAAGGAUAUCGUAAUAUGUACUACCUGAAAGCAGUACCAGUACAUACAUACAAUUGAAACAAAGAAUUACGACUAUGCAUGUAUUAUAUUUUAUUUGCUUCUAAAUUGAGUGAAAUUUUACAAGAAAAUUUUCCGUUUUGUAAAACGGAAAAUGGUAAUAAAAAAUGUUGCAGUUGACAAUUUUUCUGUUCAUCAGUUAAAUUAUUAACUUUUCGCGUACCAUUUUCCAAUAACGGUAUCUCGUUAAUCUUUGUUGCUGACGUUAGAUCAAGCAAUGUAAUAAAUUAUUCUUCGAAUAUUUUAAUCUUUGAUUUAUUAUUUAUAAUUUUCUGGAAGAUUGGUAGUGUUUUAAUAUACGAGUAUAUGUAUAAAUAAAGUAAGCAUUUCAACUUCUGUAAAGUAAUAAUCGUUAUAUUAGGGGGAAGGGACAUGGGAAAGGUUUCCAAAAGCAAAAGGUGUUUUGCACGGUGAAGAAGGAAAACUUGAGAGAAGUUGAAAGCAAACGGGAUGCACCACGGCCCUUUAGAGUCAAAAACGCACGCGGAGAGUACCCAGAAAAGAAAAAGAAAAAGAAAAAGGAAAAGGAAACGCUUUCGCUCGAAAAAUCACACAGCGCGUUAACAGAAUAGAGGUUGGGAUUAAGAAAUGUUUGUAGAGAAGGGAAGAAAUCUAUAUUCGAAGGGUGUGGAUGCAUGUGGUAGGUGGUGGAACUUUUUGAAACGCGACAUGUCAUCCUUACAAUCGAGAUUCGAUAUUUAUUACAAGGGGACUGCUAAAGGCGUAGUUUAAUCGACGCGACAGGAGCCGAUUGAGAACGGUGAAAGUGUACCUUCAAGUACUCGACAUUGAAAAAUCAGAUAUUAUUAUUAUUAGAAAUGUUGAUAAAUAUUAGAUAAUUGAAAGAAUGGAUAAUGAAAAAUUGUCAAUAGGUUUGAUCGUAAGACAUUGUAGACAGAGGUAGGGAAAAUGUUUAUAGUAGAAAACAUUCUGUACAUUUGGAUUGCAGGAAAGCAGAUACCUAAAUACUUGUCUCUCGGUAUCUAGUACCGAGGAUACUCCGAGCUUGAUUCGCAACGGUGCGAUACAUUGAAAUGUUAUUCGCUGCUCCAGUCUCUAGAACGUGACUGGAAACGACGAAUUAGACCGUUUGAAAAGCGUAAAAUUAUGUUUGAACGAGGCGUGAAUGCGAUGUCGAUGCUCUCAAUCGAGCUUUAAAUUGUUUAACAUUCAUUUGAUUGUGGCUUGAUGAACCAGACUGGCGAAAGGAAAAUGUUUAAGUGCUUUCAAACAGUUACCGAAGGAAAUUUUGCUUUUCACCUUCGUAAGUGAAUCACCUAAGUAAAUUCAAAGUACAUAUAACAAAAGUUAACUGGUAACCGCUUAGUCGAGGGUUACGUGCUUUCUAUUAUAGCUACGAUUUAUUACAGCUCGCGUCGAUAGCUGGCUAGAUGCAGCCAGUCGAGCCAAUUAAAUCGAACUUCUGCCGUUGCAGAAUCGUGUCGAUACCGUAAAAGAGAUCCUUUUUAAUUUUUUAUUAUUUUCGUUGCUCUAAAACAGCAUUUAGAUGAACGAUUUGUAAGAAGAAAAAGAAAGGAACCGAUAGAAAUCGUUGAACCGACAUUUGAACCCGGAUCUUUCGUUUGCUAGAGAAUCGGCCAAACCAAUUAAGCCAUCCAGACGCGUCGAUAUCUUCUUUUUGUAUCAAUUUAACGUUUGAACACGGCUACCAUUUACAGACACCGAAUCAGAACUGUGAAAGUCGGUAAACUAGUCGGAUUUUUUUUUUUUUUUUUUUACAGAAUCAUUACUUACUUAAUGAAACUUUCUUACCUGGAUCAGUAGUAGCUAAUCGAUCUUUGACCGUUGCGUUUUCGAGUGAACCACAGUGAAAGGUUUAAAUUGUAGAUUGUCGUCAAGUUAACCGAGGUCAGGGACAGUUUUAAGCCAUCUUGAAUCACUCUGUUAUACAAGUAGUUUGUGCAACGUUCAUCAAACUCCAUUCAGUCGUACGAUGGAAAUUUGAAGAAAGCACCGUUUUCUAUUCACCCCUCUCUUUUUCUUUCAUCGAUUCAGGCUAGACAGAAUAAAAGAGAAAGAAGGGAGGAAUAAUUAUUGAAACAGACGAGUAGGGUAACAGUUGCAUAUUUAGUGGUGACGGUUAAAGAAGAAAGGUUUCGCUUUGCCUCGCUUUUUAUAUUAUUCCCUGUUUCUGAAAUGAAUGUUCAUCGUUACAUGGUAAAAAUAAAAAAGAAAAACGGAAUCGAGAAA